AUGGAUCAGACUUCGAUAUUGAUUGUGGUAUGGACAUCGUGCAUUAUCGUUGGAUCGGUUUCAAGUUCUAUUCAAUACACGCGAGAAACAAUGCCUGGUGCGCAAUAUUACGACGGUAAAAAGUUAAACAUACCAAUAUCAAAUGAAGCGGGAGUUGAACUCGUGGAACGAUGGCUUAAUCAGGGAAUCAGCAGUAUUAUGGCUUGUAUUGCCACUAAACAGUCAGUCUUUUCAUAUGAUGUGUGGUCUUACAUGUAA